UGAGAUACACCUGGAACAAGACGCACGAGCGGAGUUUCAGGUCUGUGAGGAACGAACUGGUGUUUUCCUGAAAUGCUUGAUGAUUUUUAUUUUUUAUUUAUUUUUUUAACCUGAUCGAAGAGCUGAGGGAGAAGAGAAACCCCGGGCUCACUCCGCGCCAGCAGAGCAGAUGGACCAGAUAUCCAUCCUGUCAGGAUUGGGCAGUGACAUUACGGAUGAGUCGACGUCCCUGGUAGAUGUCAGAUGGAGCUCCGAUGAGGACGAGAGCUCUGACCAUCAGGGACAGUGUCUCGCAGCUCCUCAAGCUCCUCAGCCAACCUACAAGCUGAGGCUGGAUGAAUUUAAGAAGUUGUUCAAAGAGCUGCCGGAGUCUGAGAGACUCCUGUUGGACUACCCGUGUGCCCUCCAGCGGGACAUCCUCCUUCAGGGACGCCUCUACCUCUCGCAGGGCUGGCUCUGUUUCUACAGCAAUGUGUUUUGGAGUACCAAGAUUACUCUGACUCUCAAAGACAUCGUAACUAUGACGAGAGAGAAAACUGCUCGGCUGAUCCCCAACGCCAUCCAGGUGUGCACGAGCACAGAGAAGCUCUUCUUCACCUCCUUCUCGGCAAGAGAGAAAAGUUUCCAGGGUGUUUUCCGCAUGUGGCAAAACACGCUGCUGGAGAAGCCUCUGAGCAGCUCGGAGUUUUGGCAGAUGGUUAAACAGCACUAUGGGUAUGACCUGGGCCUGAGCCAUGAGGAGAUGGAGAGCUUACAGAUAGCAGCAGAAUCAAACAUGCAGACCAGCUUGACGGCGAAGCCUUGUGGUGACGAUGGUCCCGGGAGGCUGGAGCGGAACUCCCUUCGCCUCCCUGGAUUGGAGCCCUUAGACGCCUCCACGCCUCAAGGGGAGGACCUGCCUUCCCCUCUCGGCUCUCAGAACUCCGCCUGCAUGGAAGACUCCCGGACCUCCCCUACUCAGCAGCGCAGUCCUGCUCCCGCACUGGACCGCCUUGCUCCAGAACGGGUUUCCAAGCGCUCCUCGCUCUCCCUGGACCUCAACGCCAACGAGAACGGCGUGACCGAACCGAGCGGUUCUGAAAGCGUAGAAGACGUGGAGGAGCGAGUGGGUUUGCCAGAGGUGCAGGGUCGACUUUAUCUGAACAAGGUCUUCCACAUCAGCGCUAAGAAGAUGUUUGAGCUGCUGUUCACUGAGUCCAGCUUCAUCCGCAGGUUCAUGAACAUCAGGAAGACGACCAACGCCAGCAGUACUGCCUGGCAAAAGGACGCCUCGGGAAACAUGAAGAGGAGCCUGAACUACACAAUAGCCAUCAGCAACCCUCUGAUUGGCAAGUCCUCCACCGCCACAGAGAACCAGACGCUGUACAAAGAAUCCCGGGACGGCCAUUACUACCUCUUGGACUCGGAGGUGUACACUCACGACGUUCCCUACCACGACUACUUCUACACUCAAAACCGGUACUACAUCAUACGUAACUCGAAGAAGAAGUGUCGGCUAAGGGUCUACACCGAUGUGAAAUACAAGAAGCAGCCAUGGGGCCUGGUCAAGUCCUUUAUCACCAAAAACUCCUGGAGCGGCAUUGAAGAUUACUUCAGACAGCUGGAAGCGGAGCUGCUGGAGGAGGAAGCAGAGAUGAACCAGGGAGGUGGAGACUCUGGGAAGAUGAGUGGGCUUCGGAGGAGGAGGCGCACCUACAGUCGGACUCUGCCGGAGCACAUGAAGCCCAGCAAGCAGUACGGGCAGGACCCCGAGCAGCACAGAGACGCCAACAUGGGUCCAAUAGAAAUGAAAGGCUCACAUAGAUGGAGCACCACGACAAUAGUGGCCGGGAUGAGUGUGAUAUUGCUGAUUCUGACGCUGAUGAAUCUGGGUCUGUUCUUCAAGCUGUGGGCCAUGGAGGAUGUAGCCCACCGCAUGUACCUCACCACAAAGCACCGGCUGAGGGAGAGGGCCGAGGCCAGCUUGGCCCCUGAGUAUGGUCCCAGACAGGGACACGUGUACAGAAGCACAGAGGACAUGCAGCUGCUAAAAACUGUACUGCAGGACUCCAUUAACCUUUUAGAGCAGCUCCGCAGCUCUCUGGUGGUGCUACAACAAAACUUUGCCAUGGCCAAUCGCACAGCAGCGCCGCAGUGACGCUCCACACCUGGAGACUGCAGGGUUUGCCUGUGCCCCUGCAGCAGUGAACUGCCUCGUUGAGACGUUGCAUCCAGUGACGUUGCCAUGUAGACGUCCCCAGACCCCUGACAUGCCACAUGUGUUGCCCAGGGUUACGCGUCCCAAAGCCUGCAAUGGGGCAUCAGGUGCCAGGAUGUUUUUUUUUUUUUUUUUAAGUACUGACUGCUGCGAGGACAAAGUAGAAUCUGAGUCAGCUGCACACGGAUCAGCGGCCUUUAGAUUUCGGUAGGGUGCCGCUGUCAGCUCCUUCGGCUGGCCUGGACCUCAGGAAACUCUUUCCUGAUGUGCAUUUUUUUCCUCAGACGAGCCUCGUGCCACACCAGAUGAGCUAUUGUAAAUACUUUUACUUAAGAGUUUUUAUUCAAGGGAAGUUAAUCAAUAUUAUUUAAAGAAUCUAUUUUCUCUAUUUCCAUGUUUUGCACAAGUAAUUUUUUUUUUUGCACAAGUGCCUUGUAGAUGAGGCAGAUGUUUUAGGUAUUUUUUUUUUUUAUUUGGAUUUUCUAUUCUUUCCAAUAAAAAUUGUAAUGUCAGUUACUCAAAUUUCAAUGUUUGUCUUCUUUCGUAAUCAUGAUGCAUGUUUUUAUAUUGUUUAUGAAAUCUGCAGGAAUGUCUGCAACAUUAACUGUAAACUAAGCUGCAAAUGGAAAAGUAUCCUCUGAGUUUUAUAACGCUGUAAAUUAGUCAAAUCUGGUUAUUACCUUUAGCUCCGUCUCGGACUGAUUACAAGGUUUCCCUGUUAUGCACGUCUUUAUAUACAUUCAUUUUCCAUUUCCGCACUGAACCAAGUAUGAUUUGGUUUCAUUUUAAUUACCUUUCACUCUGAUAUUUCAAUGGAGUCGGGUCAGUAGACUGUCUCAGGGUUUCUCAUCACUGUGCACUCAAGUUAGUUCUGUGAUUUCCAAUGUAACACUUUAGUCUUUUAUCAAAUACUGGUGACACGCUGCCUUGAGCCUUGUUUAAUGUUUACAGUGUUGCCUUCUCCCUCGUUUGUGUGUGUGAUUUGUUCAGUUGUUCUUACUUUAAACCACUUUUGAAUGUGUUGUGGUUGAUUAGUUUUAAAUAGGUUGAUGUUUCUUGUAUUGUUAGUCAUAUUGCAAUGCACUAGUUUAAUAAACAAGACGUCUUGCAAG